AACUGCCCUAUAAUUGCCCCCUUCUGCCCCAUAACUGCCCCUCUGACCCCUAACUGCCCCUUCUGCCCCGUAACUGCCCCCCUUGCCCCCUAACUGCCUCAUUUCUGCUCUAAUCCCCUUCUCCCCUAUAUCUGCCUCUUUCUGCCCCUUAACUGCUCCCCCAUUACUGCCCCCCCCGGGAGUUACCCCCGGGGGGGCUGCAGCACCGGGCCCCGGCCCCCCCCCGGAAUUAACUGAACCCCCCUUAAUUAAUUAACAUCUCUCGGGGUAAUUAAUUACCCACCCACACCACGAUGCCCAGUGGGUUCCAGCAGAUCCGGGAGGAGGAGGAGGAGGAGGAGGAGGCCCCCCCGGGGGGAGGGGUGACCCCCACCCUGGCCCUCAGUGUCUUCGCUGCCACUCUCGCCUCCUUCCAGUUUGGGUACAACAUUGGGGUCAUCAACGCCCCCCAGAAGCUACUGGAGGCCGAGUACAACCAGACCUGGACGCGGCGCUGGGGUUCCCCCCCGUCCCCCAAUGCCCUCUCCAACCUCUGGGCCCUCUCGGUCGCCAUUUUCUCGGUGGGGGGCAUGGCCACUGCGCUGGCCGUGGGCGAGCUGGCCGAGCGCAUGGGCAGGAAAGGGGCCCUCCUGGCCACGAACGGCCUGGCCGUGGUGGGGGGGGCCCUGAUGGGCGGGGCCAAGCUCGGCCCCACCGACGCCCUCAUCAUCCUCGGCCGCUUUGUGAGUGGUGCAUACUCAGGGUUGGCCUCAGCGCUGGUGCCCCUGUACGUGGGGGAGGUGGCACCGCCGCGCCUGCGGGGGGCGCUGGGGGCGCUGCACCAGCUGGGGGUCGUGAUCGGCAUCCUGGUGGCACAGGUGCUGGGCCUGGAGUCACUGCUGGGCUCGGAAGGGGCCUGGCCGGCGCUGCUGGGCCUGGGGCUGCUGCCGGCGGCGCUGCAGCUGCUGCUGCUGCCACUGUGCCCCGAGAGCCCCCGGUUCCUGCUGGCCCGAGGGCAGCGCACCCGCGCCCGGCACGGGCUAUGGCGGCUGUGGGGCGCAGGCUGUGCGGACGCGGGGCUGUCGGCGCUGGAGUCGGAGCAGGCGCUGUCGGGCGAGCGGGUGUCGCUGCUGCAGCUGUGCCGCAGCCCCCGGUACCGGCAGCCGCUGCUCGUCACGCUGGUGCUGCAGCUCAGCCAGCAGCUCUCGGGCAUCAACGCGAUCUUCUACUACUCGACGGCCAUCUUUGAGGAGGCGGGGCUGGCCCAGCCCAUCUACGGCACCAUCGGCACCGGCGUCGUCAACGUCUUGGCCACCGCUGUGUCGGUGGCGCUGGUGGAGCGCGCCGGGCGCCGGACGCUGCACCUGCUGGGGCUGCUGGGGAUGCUGGGCUGCGCACUGGUGCUCACGCUGGCACUCAACCUCAAGGGCGCGGGGCCGCUGAGCGUGGCGUCGGCGCUGCUGUUCGUGGGGUUCUUCGCGCUGGGCCCCGGGCCCAUCCCCUGGUUCGUGGGGGCAGAGCUGUUCCCGCAGGGCCCGCGGCCCCCGGCCAUGGCGCUCGCCGCCCUCACCAACUGGGCGGGAAACUGCGCCGUCGCCAUGGCCUUCCCCGCCAUGCAGCGCUCCCUGGGCCCCUUCGUGUUCCUGGUUUUCGGGGCACUCCUCGCUGCCUUCUCCCUCUUCACGUUCCUGCGGGUCCCCGAGACUCGGGGGCGCCCCUUUAGCGCAGGGGGGACCCCCCUGCACCCGCCCCCCCUCCUGCCCCCCCCCGAAAAAGCCUGCACCGAGCUCCAGAGCCUGGCGGGGGGCCAAGAGGCCUGAAAGGGGACGGGAGGGACACGCCACACACACACGGAUUUUGGGGACCCCCCACAUGGCACUUGGGGGCCCCCCCCUUCCUCUGAGGAGGGCCAAAGGGGCUUUGGGGGGCCCCCACCCCAAAAUAUGGAGAGUGGGGGGCAUUUUAGACCCCCUUUUUUAACUUGGGGUCCCCUCCACCCCAAAAGAUGGAGAGUGGGGGUGUCUGGGGAGGGAGUUUAGCCCUCUCCCCCCACACUUACACUCCUGAUUUGGGCCCCCCUUUAAAACUGGGGACCCCCCACCCCCAAAUGCUCAGAGGGGGGAGUCCCGCGGGGGGGUUGGGGACCCAAAGGGGGAAGGGUUUGGGGUCCCAGAGUGUCU